AUGUCCCGGCCGCUCUACAAUCUCCGGCGACGCCUCCUCGCCUCAACCCUUCGACUCCUCCCAUCGCCCUCGCACCGCCUCUCCACCACCACCUCCACCCCGGCAACCCGCGCCCCUACCACCCCCGUGGCCGUCCUCUGGGAACUCGCCGCCUCCCGCCCGCCCUCCAAACUCCCCCUCUACGACUCUGCCGUCCGCCUCCACCUCGCCGCCUCCUCCUUCGGCCGCCUCCGUUUCUCCGCCGCGUUCCUCCACCCCUGCCACCGGCUACCCGACCCUGAUCCCUCCGCCGACGCCACCAAUCUCUGCCGCGUCUGCGGCCGCAAAUUCCGCGCCCGCGACGCGCUGCUCCGCCACUUCGACACCAUCCACACCCGAGAGAACACCAAGCGCCUCGAGCGAAUCGAGUCCUCCCGCGGCGACCGCCGCGUGCGCCUCGCCGCGUCCCUGUCUCUCAAGCUCUCCAAGUACACCAAGGCCGCCCGCGAGCUCACCGCCGGCGUGAACCCCGGCUCUCCCGCCGACGAGCUCCGCCGAGCCAGAGUCCACGCCGAGCUCUCCAGAUACCCGUCGACCGCCCUCCGGGAUCGCGCCCAAGAGGUGCUCGACGAUGGGUCCGUGGGGUGCCUGAUGCUGGUCUCGGGGCGGGAGGAGCUCUCCCCUCUGCUGCGACUGGCGAAGGAGAAGGGCGUGCGGACGGUGGUGGUCGGCGGCGAGUCAGGGCUGGCAAGGUGGGCAGACACGGGCUUCACCUGGGCAGAGGUGAUCGCUGGAAAGGCCAGGAAGGCAGCGCCGUCCAUGUCCGGGAAAUGGCGGGACAGGGACGUGCUUAAGGGGCUGGAGUGGAGGUAUGAAGAUGACGAGGAGGAAGAAGUGGUGUUUGAGGAGGACGGCGAUGAAGAUGGUUCAGAAGAGCUGGCGGGAAGUGCAAACGGAAAGCCAUGGUGGAAGCUGGAAUCAGAUGGCGAUGACUCAUUUUGCACAUAA